GAUAAGCCGGUGCUUCUUGUUGGAUCCACUUCUGGAUCAAAGGCUUUAAAGUCUAAGAAAAGGAAGGGGAAGGGAAAGGCUCCCAAUAAGCCCAACAAGAAGGCAAAUUACAACAAAGGAAAGAACAAAGAGAAGGUUAAUUCUCAGUCUAAUCAUGAAUGUUAUCAUUGUGGUAAAACUGGGCAUUGGAAGAGGAACUGCAAGAAGUAUCUUGCUAGCCUGAAAAGUUCAGGUAUUUAUUUUGUUGAAGUUAACUUAUCAGUUAACGAUUCUUCUUGGGUAUUGGAUAUCGGCUGUGGCUCACAUAUUUGCAAUGAUUUGCAGAUGAUGGCAAGAAGUAACAAGCUAGAAGAUGAUGAAACAAUCCUAAGGAUGGGCAAUGGAGCAAGAGUUGCUGCCAAAGCAAUUGGGACUGUAUAUCUAGCUUUAAAUAAUGAUGUAAAAUUUUGUCUUACAAAUUGUUU